GUCCAAACAUCCCUCACUAUAAAUUCAUCUUCCAUAUUGGUUCUCUCCAUUCCAACUAGCACAUCAUGGCAACCCACUUCCUCAUUCUCUCCCUUCUCAUUUCUUACCACCUCCUCACUUUCACUGUAGCCGAAGAAACCGGCUUCGUGGGCUCACUAGACCGCGGAAAAUUGGGCCUGGCCCAAAAAGACAAGGUGAGCCAUUUCCGGUUCUACUUCCACGAGCAGUUCACCGGAACCAACGCCACCUCCGUCACCGUGGUGGCGCCGCUCCCAAAGUACAACUCCACCACCAACUUCGGCAUGGUGGGCAUCACUGACAACGCCCUGACGGUGGGACCCGACCGCGCCUCCAAGGUUGUCGGAAGAAUCGAGGGUCUGUAUGCUGCCACGUCGCAGUCGGAGUUCAACCUGUUGGUGGUUGUCAACUUUGCGUUAACUGAAGGGAAGUACAACGGAAGCACCAUCGCCGUGUUGGGGCGGAACCGCCUCUCCCAGAAGGUGAGGGAGAUGCCGGUGAUCGGAGGAAGUGGGGUGUUUAAAUUUGCGACGGGGUACGUUGAAACCAGCACUCUCUACCUUGAUUCGGAUAGGUCUACAAUUGAGUACAACAUUUAUGUUGCACAUUAUUGAUGCACACAACAUGAAUAGUGGCCAUUGGAGGAGGUUUUACGUUGUUGAUUUUAAUGUGAACAUUGCAAGAAUUAUAUACAAGUGAAAGAAAUAAAAGUGAGUUUAAUUUAUGGAACUGUAUGUACGUAAAUAUACCUACUAUCAAAUAAAUAAAAUACACAGUUAUUUAUUUAUU